AUGCCCGUGUAUGCUGGCUUCACUGCUGCCAACGCGUCCUACAGGGCUAACCCGCUGCCAUUAAGGAAUCCCAAGUCCGUGCACUUUGCCAACCCCAACGAGCUAGAGACGUGCAGCCUACAGCUGGCCUCGCAUUACCCGACACCGUCUUUGGCACGCCCAAUUCCACAAAAUGGGUCCACUACACGACGCUACACAAUCGACGAGAUGGAGUUACACUUCAGUGAGGACCGUCCCCAGUGUCCCCUGAGUUGUAAGGAUUAUGCGGUACGGAAAGCUGCCAGCCGCGAUAACAUUGUGCUCUGCGGCUUCCUCGAAACCCGUCGCGUAAAAAUGGGUAUCACCUAUUGGACAAACUCUUGGGCCGAGCUGUAUCAUGGGAUCUUGGUCCUUCGUAAAUUUAAAGCUACAAUUCAGGGCAAAAAGUCGUUAGUCCCAGUGGCAAAUUGCAAAUUGGACUUCCUCGAUUUUAAAAACAGAAUCAUGCGGAUAGAAUUUCUAUAUCAAGGCAAACGCGACUCGACAUUUUUUCGCUUCCAGACUGAACAGGACAUGUUCCUCUGGUGGUGGUCCAUUCAAGUGGCUGCUCGAGCACAGAUUGAGCCUCAGCUGCUCCACAAAUGCAUAAGUCGGUCGACGUUGUCACCAUUUCAGAUCAAAACGGGGACGUACCAUGUGGGUAAUGUUCAUUUCCCGAGAUUUAAUCAACCAGUGCUAAAUCCUCUUACAAAAACGCUGCAAGUUCCUAGAGGGGUGACGCACCUCAUUUUUAUUCGUCAUGGAGAGACCGAGAACAUCAAUUUCCGAGUCUGUGACCGAGACAAGAGAUUGACGAAGCGAGGAGAGGAACAGGCCAAGAUCACGGCAAAACAUCUCAAUAAAAUGCUCAAAACGAGAGAAAAUGGCAAACCAGUUGUCAAUUUGGUGUAUGGAGGAUUGCGGCGGACUGUAGAGACGGCGGUAGUGUUCGCCAAUGUGAUGCCGUGGAUUGUCAACAAGUACGAAUGCUGCUUCCUCGAAGAAGGAGCCCCCAAGAAUGUAGACGUCUCCAACCGCUACGACUACCGAGAGUCGAUGCACAAGAUGGCCUUCCAGAAUAUCUGUCGAUGGGAUGGAGAUGACAAUCUGGUGCGUGGAUCGAAGGGCGAACCAGAGAACUUCAAGGUUGUCAUUGCCCACACGAGUUUUAUUCAGUACUGUAUGGCUCAGUGCUACGAUGUUCCUAAGGAUAUCAUACAGCUGGGUGCCCCAAUCAGUCACUGCAGCAUUACACGGAUCGACAUAAGGGCUAGUGAUGAUAUGGUUGGCAUGUUCUCCAACCGAGUUUCACACAUGCCGCUGACUCACCAGACUAGUGAGUAA